AUGACAGCCCACAGUUACUGUGUCUACAAUGCUGUCUAUGCUGCUGCACAUGCUUUGCAUGCCCUGUAUUCAUCCAUAGACCAGCAAAGACCAGGGAUGACACGGAAACAACAACAUGACAAUAGGAAACAACAGUCAUGGAAGUCCUUCCUGAGAGUUAAGGUGGGAACCAUAGAUCCAGACCAACUCUCACAUCACCUGCUGACCAUUAGAGAGGAUGACCUCAUCUGGCCCACCUGGUUCAAUCAGGUAUCCCCUCUCUCUCUGUGUAAUGAUAAUUGCCCUUCAGGUUACAGAAAGACCCCAAAAGAUGACAAACCGUUUUGCUGUUAUGGCUGCAUUCCAUGUCCACAAGGAGAGAUCACAAAUCAGACAGAUAUGGACCAAUGCUUCCAGUGUCCACAAGAUCAGUAUUCCAAUAAGAAAAAUAAUUUCUGCCUUCUCAAAUACAUAACUUAUCUCUCCUAUGAAGAAAUGUUAGGAAGCAUCUUGAUGAUUAUGGCCAUUUUCCUUUCUCUCACCACAAUUUCUGUAUUAGGAGUAUUCUUGAAGCACCACAACACUCCUAUCAUUAAGGCCAACAACCGCAGCCUCUCCUACACCCUCCUCAUCUCCCUUCUCCUCUCCUUCCUUUGUCCUCUGCUUUUCAUUGGCAGACCCAUGGCGGUGACCUGUCUCCUUCGACAGACUGCUUUUGGGAUCAUCUUCUCAGUGGCUGUUUCUUGUAUAUUGGCCAAAACCAUCACUGUGGUUCUUGCUUUCAUGGCUACCAAGCCAGGAUCAAAGAUGAGGACGUGGGUUGGGAAAAGACUGGCCCUUUCCAUUGUUCUCUCCUGCUCCCUCAUUCAAACCCUCCUUUGUACUGUGUGGCUGGCUACCUCACCCCCUUUCCCAAACUUUGAUAUGCACUCCUUUGUUUCUGAAAUCAUUGUGGAAUGCAAUGAAGGAUCAGUUGUCAUGUUUUAUAGUGUCUUGUCUUUUAUGGGCUUCCUGGCAAUGGUCAGUUUUAUUGUAGCUUUCUUAUCAAGGAAGCUACCUGACACUUUCCAGGAAACCAAAUCUAUUACUUUCAGCAUGCUUCUUUUUUGCAGUGUGUGGUUGUCCUUUAUCCCUGCCUAUGUGAGCACAAAAGGGAAAUACACAGUGGCUGUGGAGAUAUUCUCCCUCUUGGCCUCUAGUGCUGGUCUCCUGACUUGUAUCUUUUUCCCCAAAUGCUACAUCAUCAUUGUGAGGCCUGAUCUGAAUAAAAGGCAACAUCUAAUAAAGAGAAUUAUUUAAGC